AUGUCGAACCUCUACUUCAAGAAGGACGUCCACAAGUCCAUAGAGGGGCUUCUGUAUGGACUCUAUGUCUACCAAUACUUUCUCGAUACCAGUACCUUUGGACUCUUGCUCCGGUCAUCGGCACCUAGUCAGGCAAUUAUUUACUGGCUGGAUACAGUGAUACUGGUGCUUCAAGUGACCGAGGCACUCCUAGUUUUCAAGGUCAUCAAGUCAGAGGAGAUUCCCAGGAGGUCAACAUCACCACCAACUACUACAACAGCUGCACCGGCAAGGACAAGUUCGCCCAGCAGCAGUAGCAACACACCAGUGACCUCAUCCAAUGGCGAACCAGGAUCUGGCUCAACCAGUGCUCUGCCAGCCUUAGUCGAUCAGUCCACAGUCUCUGGCUCUUCGUCCUCCAACAACCAACCCUCAGAAUAUAUCCCACGUCAUGUCAACAAUAACAAUAAUAGUCGGCACUCAGAGGAUUUGGAUGAAAUAUAUACCGAAUACUACGAGGACGAAGAAGAGGUUCGGUUCAGCACAGAUCUUGACCGUCAACAACAGCUGGGACAGCCCAGUCAAGGCAGUUUAUCGUCACAACGGAAUCGAUCUUCUGGCGCUGCUGCAAGAGGAGCAAGCAAUAGCAGCAGCAGUACAGAUGAGAGUAGCGAGGGAAGCAGUGAGGAAGACGACGAGGAUCCAUUGGGCGACGACUAUGAGGAAGUCCUUGAACAGGAGACGUUUGUUUUCCAGCUGCGGUUCCAGGAUCUGGUGGCGUACAUUUUUUCAAGUCAGGAGGCUUUGACUAUGCCCGAUGCCCGAACACUGACGGGGGCUACGGUGGCUAAUAGAGUCCAGUCGGGGAGUGGCAGCGCACAGCAGCGAGAGCUUCCUGUAUAA